UGGACCUCUGCAUUUGUAGCAGAACAAUAAACUUCAUGAUGCUGCCCUGGUAAGAGGAAAUACUGGGCCACCAGCCAGUGAGAAGAAAUUAUGUUUUUACCUGCUACAGCGCAGAAUAGUUCUGCAAUAUAGAGUGUGUAGAAUCAAUAUGGAGUUAAUACCUGGUGGCUGUUUUGUUGGGAUUCAUCUGUCAGUCUGACAGAUGCAAACUACCUUAAUCUAUGGCAAAUCUGGAAAGAAAUAACAAAAUCCUGCUUGAUUUGGUGCGACAGCCGGGGAACAACUUGUGUGCUGACUGUGGAUUUCCUGAUCCUGACUGGGCCUCCUACACUCUUGGUGUCUUUGUGUGCCUGAACUGCUCAGGGAUGCAUCGUAAUCUGCCCACUGUCAGCAAAGUGAAAUCAAUUCGGCUGGACCACUGGGAUGAUUCACUAGUCGAGUUCAUGCAAGAGAGGGGCAAUACUGCAGCCAAAGCCAUUUUUGAAAAAUGUGUCCCUGCCUUUUUCUACCGGCCACAACAAAAAGACUGUGUUGUUCUCAGGGAUCAGUGGAUCCGUGCCAAGUAUGAAAGGCGGGAAUUCACUGGAGAAAACAACUACUUUCUGCAAUCCUAUAGCUCAGAUCUGUUUGAGUCAACACUAUGGAAGAAGGGCAAAGACAACAAACAGUUUCUUAAGAGGAUCUUCCUGCUGUCGCGGACAGACUUCACCCUCAGAUACUUCAUUAAAGAAGAUUCCAAGGUUCCCAAAGCUGUCAUCAGCAUGAAGGAUCUGAAUGCAGUUUUCCAGCCAGAGAAGAUUGGUCAUGCUCAUGGUCUGCAGAUCUCCUACCUGGAGGAUGAACGUAUGAGGAACCUAUUUGUUUACCACAUGAACGGACAGGCAAUUGUAUCUUUUUUCAAUGCUAUUCGGGCAACACGGUUCGCAUACCUCCUGAAGAAACAUCCCACUCUACGAGACAAUGACUUAAUACCUCAAAUAACGACGCGUUGCCUGAUGGAGGGGUACAUGGAGAAAACUGGCCCAACGCAACGGGAGCCAUUCAAGAAGAGGUGGUUCACUCUGAGCGCAGUGAACAGAAAGCUUCUGUAUUUUAAAUCUCCACUGGAUGCUAAUGAGCUUGGAGCUGUCUUCAUUGGCACAGAAAACCAUGGGUACUCUGUUUCGGAGAGCAGUGGCCGGAGCAUGAGGGGAGGACGGUGGCGCUGUGGGAUCACAUUUGAGACUCCAGGCAGGCAGUUUGUGUUCAUGUGCGAACAGGAGCAAGAGCAGAAGGAGUGGAUGGAGGCCUUCAGAAAGGUUAUCUGUCAACCCAUGACACCGGAGGACUACGCUAAUGAAGCCAACUUGAGAAGGAAGUGACUGGAACACUUUUGCCUGCUGGUUUGCCAAAAGACUAAAGUAUCCUUUUGGGACAUAACGAACUGAAAGUUCUUUUUCAAUAAAGUUGAACUUUAUCACCAACUCUAACACUUUGCAUGAGCUCCAAGUACACAGUGUGCAAUGUGACGCUUUGAUGAAGUUACUGUCACAGCUGAAGUGUUGUGUCUUUAUGGGAACCAUGAACAUCAGAGACAGCGUCUCCUGGCUUUAUUGCACCAUUGUUGCCACGAGGACAACCCAUGAAAACAUUCCUCUGUGAUGCAUACUGAAUUUACUGGAACCAAACAUUGUAUUUAUUACAAAUAAGGACUUAAACAGAUCGUUUUCAUUUUUUGUAGUCAUUUUGUAUUUUUUGUUUAUUUUUUUUUUUCCACAAGAUUGUCUUACUCACACUUUUCUUUUUUACUGUACCUGUCAGUGGAUACUUUGGAUGUCAGUUUGAAACUUUGGAUUCAAACAAAUGUAAACAAACACUUAAUUCAUAGUUUUAAUAUUUACAAAUUUUAGGGGAAUAUAUUUGUGUUCCUCUAUUGUCAUAUUUUUUUAUCUUAUUAUUUACAGCAAUGUUAGUACAAUAUUAUCAUAUGAGUAACUUUGUCUUAUUUGUAUUGUUAUCCAAGUUUUUUAUUUGUUUGUCUGCAUCUUUUUUUCUUACUCAUCUACUUUGUAAUGCUUGUAAAGUACAUACCUCAGUGUACUUUAAAUAAAGGUUGAAGGAAAAUUA